AUGAGUUUGGCGACCGUGUCUCCGACUCCGAUCGACAACCUUGUUGGGUGUCGCAAGAGGAACCGAGGUUUGGUUUCUGACCUGGGUUUCAUACAUGACAAGACAAAGAGGCCCAAGACAGAAACCGAUCUGGAAAUUCAACAAGAUGCAAGAUUUUCUGGUGAUGAAAUUUUCAGGUCUUCUGGUGGAUUGAGAUUUGGUUACAUUACCAAGGAUUUGGGGCUUAGUGAUGACGUAAUCGGUCGAUUACGCAACGAAAACACUAGAAACCUAUUGGUGAAGCAUAAGAAACUUCAUUUGGUUCUCGAUCUCGACCACACCCUGCUGAAUACCACUCACCUUGACAAGAUGUCACCGGAAGAAGAAUAUCUGAAGGCUGAUCAUUCUCUGCAGGAUGUUCACAUUGUGGAAGGUCAAGUGAUGACCAAGCUGAGGCCACAAGUUAGGACAUUUUUAGAGCAAGCUAGCCAAAUCUAUGAGCUUUCCAUAUAUACGAAUGGUAGCAGAGACUAUGCGCUCCACAUGGCCAAACUGCUUGACCCUGCAAAUCAAUUGUUUGGUGAUAGGAUCAUAUCACGAGGUGAAAGCACGGAAAAGAAUCAAAAGGGUCUAGAUGUUUUACUUGCCCGAGGCACUGCUGUUGUGAUCCUUGAUGAUAAGAAACAGGUGUGGAGAAAUGAGGACCAGGACAAUGUAAUGGUAAUGCCAAGAUAUCAUUUUUUCAAAUCGAGUUGUCAGAAGUUUGGCAUCAGUAAUGCUAAGCCUUACUCUGAGUCAAAGACCGAUGAACGUGAUCGGUUUGGAAGACCUUUUCUGGCCACUGUACUCCAAGUUCUUAGGCAUAUACACAACUUAUUCUUUAAUGCAGUGGAGUUACAUGGGUGUGAACUUAUCGACAGAGAUGUUAGGCCUGUUUUGGAAAGGGUAAAGAAAGAAGGCUUGAAUGGCUGUAAGUAA